GUAUCGGCUUGACGUACUUACAUCAGAUACGAUAGUUUCACGCUCACCUUCGAAACGCCGCGAGAUUUUCACCAAUGGCGGGAACGGUAACGAAAAAGCAAGCUGAGGGCUACUGGAAGAAGUAUAACAAGGAUGGCAACGAUGUGCUUACAGUGGAGGAGGUGAAGCAAUGCCUCCAGGAGGUCUACGACACCGUCGAUGACUUCGAUGUCAAUGAGAAGUUCGCUUUCUUUGGCCAGAAGGAAGCGAAAGCGUUGACAAAGGAGGAGUUUUUGGCAGGGAUGCUGCGCACAGACAAGUGUACAUCACUGGAACAACAGUUUAAAGCCAUGGACAAAGACGGUAGCGGAAGUCUCAGCAAGGAGGAACUGGAGUCAGGCCUGACAGGUCAAGGUUUUGACCGUGAACAAGCAAAGGUCAUCCUAGAGGAGCUAGAAUUUGACAGCGACGGGAAAUACAACAUCAAAGAAUUCUUGGAGACUGUGGCAUUCAGUGAAAUGUUUACAAAAACAUACAAGUGCUAACAGAUAUGACUGAAUAUGUUAUUAUGUACUUUUAUGCUUGAUUACAUUAUUAUAUGCAAAGAACAUGGACUGUAGUGUUUUUUUUGCAACUACAAUAACAGAUUGUUGGUAAAGAGUUUAUUCCAAUAAUUCAUAUUUUUAAAAUAAUUUUUAAACAAAUAAUCAUGAAUUAAUGUGAAAGAUUAGUUAUAUAUUUAUCAAAAAUAUCUGAACAAAGAAUUAAUAAGAAACUUCAUUGAAAGUGUAAUGCAUUCACAAAUAUCUGGUUGUAAACAAGAAUAAAUAGACUUUUAAUAAAAUUUAUAACAAAACUAACAAAUACAAUAAUAAUAAAUGGUAUAUAACAAGA